AUGAGAUUCCAUUCGCUUAUUAUGGCCGCCAUGGCCUCAGUGGCCGCGGCUAAGGAAGUUACUGGUGUGUUCACUGAUAUCACCUCUGUGGUGCCUCAGGACCCGAAGCAGCGUCCCUCAGCGCUUUGGACUACGACCUUGGACUGGAAGAUCGACGGCUCGCAAGUGUCUCCCGGUGACACCUUCCAUUUGACCAUCCCGGGCAUUUUCGAAUUCGCUGCUAAGUCUUUGGACUUGAGAGUAGGCAAGGAUGUCUACGCUCAGUGUACUUUGAGCGGCGGUACAUCUACUGACGGCACCUUAGCCUGUACUGCUACCGAUAAGGUCACUCCCAAAACUGAUAUUUACGGGCAAGCGUGGUUCCAAGUGUUCCUCUGCCAAGGUUUCGCUUUUGAUGCUGGCGACUUAAAGUGUCUGAGCUACUGGAAAGGUGGUGAAAACACCUGGACUUUCAAUGAUGGUGCCAACGACUACUCGUACAAGUUUGAGCUCACCGCUUACUACGACGGCGACAAGGGCCAGGGUAAGCGUGGUAUUCUCAACAUCGUCCGUACCGGUGUGUGCAGUGCUGGCUACGACGCUGCUUCGAUUCAAGCGGAAAUCGGUGACGGUCUUGUCGAUUGCUCCACGGUCAAAGUGACCUUCUCCAAGGGUGUCAACGACUGGAACGCUCCCGUGACCAACGAAGGCAGCAGCAUCAGCCCUUACCAAGUGCUGUGCCAAAACGGCCAUGUGGAGGUGACUUUGGGUGACAUCCCUGCUGGCUACACUCCUUACCUCACUUUCAACGACGACGGCACCGGCAAGAACUUCACUUACGGCGACACUUUCAAGUGCAAGGACUCUACUGAGACCAAGACGGAAACGUGGCUGAGAUACUACCCUGGUACCGACAUUUCCGGCACUGCUGACGCCGACGGGUACGCCAUUGAGCGCACCACCACCGGCUGGACCGGUUCGAUCAUUCUGACCACCACCGAGCCGUACCCUACCUCGAGUGGUGUCACCAAGACCAUCGUGGUGUUGACUCCUUUACCCACGUCGUCGUCGCAAGCCCCUACUUCUUCGGAAGAACUGUCGCUGUCGGAACAACCUUCGUCGACCUCUGAAUCCUCGUCAUCCUCUGAACAACCUCUGUCCACCACCGAAGCGCCGCUGUCUUCUUCGGCUGAACCUCUGUCUUUGUCGUCGCUGAUCGUGCUGUCGAACCCAUGGGUGAACUCGUCCAGCACUAUUGAGUCUACCACUUCUUCCGAAACUCCCAUCAAAUCCUCUGAGACUAAGGUGCCCUCGCUGACUGAAGAAUCAACCACUGAAUCGUCUACUGCCGCUGAACCCUCGUCAUUGCUGACUGAGGCUAAGCCGUCGCCCUCGCUGACUGAAGCUGAGCCCUCGUCGUCUGCUGAACCUUUUUCGUCUGCUGAACCUUCUUCGUCUGCUGAACCUUCUUCGUCUGCUGAACCUUCUUCGUCUGCUGAACCCUCUACUGCUGAAGAACCUACUCCCUCGGCUGAAAUCACUCUGUCAAAGGCUCAACCCUCGUCUUCGGCUGAACCGUCGCUGACCUCGGAAGUGGUCGUCCCUCCCGAAAUCGUCACCACUAAGACUACCACUACCAUCACCAAGGAGUGUCCCGUGUGUGAAGAAAAGACCACCACCGUUGAAGUGCCUUGCGUUGUGGAAACAAUCACUAACGAACAAGGACCCGUCACUACCACUAAGGAAGUUGAGAACAAGGUCACCACCACCGUCACUUGCCAUGAACAAAAGUGUGAGACUAAGGAAACUACUGUGUGGGUCGUGACCCCGCCCACUAAGGAAUCCCCUGAAGAAUCACCCGAAGCAAAGCCCACUACUAAAAAGGAGAACCCUCAACCUCAACCCACGGUGACCAAGACUGUCCCCCACCCUCAAGCGGAAGCCUCAGCUGCCACUGAAGGCAAGCCUGAAGCUAACCCUAAGCCUGAAGCUCAGCCUGAGACCAAGCUGGCUCCUGAAGCAGUUAAUCCCAAGGAAUCCAAGCCGGCGACUCAGCCUGAAGUUCAAUCGCAAGCUCAUCCUCCCGAAGUUGCUCCUCAACUGCCGGUUCCUAAAGUGAUUCCUCAACUGGCUGCUCCUGAAGUGGCUCCUCAACCCAACCAGACGUUAGAGUCGGAACAACGCACCGCUGAGGCCCCUCAAUCGCCUCAAUCGUCGCUGUUGAUCACCAUCCCCACUGCUGGUCCGACUGUCGCUGGCGCCACUGUCGCUGCUCCCACUGGCGCUGCUCCUUCUGCUGGUGCCAUCCAGUUUGAAGGUGCCGGCUCUAUGUUGACGGUGCCGUCAAUGAUGCUGGCGCUCAUGUUGGUGGUGUUAUUCGUCUGA